AUGGAUGGCGUUAACAAACUGUCAGUGACAUUAUCUGGGACUCAAGCAGAGGAAUUGUAAGUUAAACAGGCUACAAUUAUACCUUUUUGUUCAGAAAUUCCGCACUGGCUGAAUAUCUGCAAAGAAAUGGAUAUCAAAGAACCUUUGAGACAUUUUUGGACGAAUCUGGUGCUGUAAGUUGUGAUUGUUAAGUUUAAUUUGUUUUUAGAGUGUAAAGAACGAUGUACAACAUGUUGGCUUGAUGGAAAAGAAGUGGUCAAUGACUUUACGACUUCAACAGCGCAUUAUAAAUCUCGAGAAGAGGAUACAAGAGUUCGAGAGCGGCGGAGUUAUAGCGCCUCGACACAAGUAAGUGUUGUGUUAGAGAUAUCAUGUGUUUAGGGAUCUGAAGUCGUCGGCUUCAUGGAUUCCACGUCCACCUGAGAAGCUAACUCUUAAUGGACAUCGAGAUUCUGUGAUGAAGGUCGUUUUUCAUCCGACUUAUAGUGUUUUGCUGUCUUGCAGCGAAGAUCACACGAUUAAGGUAAUUUAAAACAACGCGAUUUAAAAGACAAUGGAGAACCUUAAGUUUGAACCCAACUUAGUGUUAAUUUAGUUUGACACACUUUUUUAAUUUACUUGAUUUAAGGUUUUCUAUAAAUUAGUGGUUCUGAAGUUUAUGUUUGAAAUUUUAAGAUGAAUCACUCUUAAUUUAUUUUAGAUAUGGGAUCUAGAGACGGGCCAGAUAGAACGAUCAUUUAAAGCGCAUUUAAGUACCAUUCAAGAUUUAUGCUUUGAUUAUACAGGAAACAGAUUUGGUAAGAAUAUGUUAGUAAAAUGAAGUUAUUUCAUUAGUUUUGAUAUACAUUUUGUUUUUAUUGAUGUUUUUUUACUUUCAGCUAGCUGCUCUGCUGAUGCUUCAAUCAAAAUUUGGGACUUUGGUGAUUCAUACGAUUGCUUGAAGACAUUGAAAGGACACUCUCAUACAGUGUCGUCAGUUGUUUUUGUGCCAAACAGUAAGUGAAUUAUUAGUUUUAAAGUUUAGGUAUAUCUCCUUCGUAAAAAAGGGAUAAAGAUUUUAGGUAACGCUUCAAAUUUAAAAUGUGGAUUUGUUUUAAGAUACUAAAAUCAAUCAUCAGUAGUGUUAUUAAUGAUAUUCUUUAGAAUCGUGGCUGCUGUCAGCUUCGCGCGACUUUACAAUCAGACUAUGGGACACAACUACAGGAUUUUGUAUCCACACCUUCAAAGAGCACGAGGAUUGGGUACGGAGAGUGUGCAUCGAUCAACAAGGACAGUUAUUUGCUAGCUGCAGCAAUGACAAGGUAUGUAUUUAUUAAAACGUCAUUCAAGCUUGCUUUUUUAUAUUUUAACGGUAUAAAAGAGCUCUUCUACAACGUAUUUUAGUCCAUUAUCGUGUGGUGUUUGAACUCGAAGAAGCCCUUAUCCAAGCUGAUUGGCCACACUCAUGUUGUUGAAUGUGUACUGUUCGUUCCUCAAGAACACAACAACAAGAUCGCUGGAGAUCAUGCCAAGAGGUAUGCAAAUGAGGAUGUGAAGCCAACUUUGAUCAUCUCGGGUGGAAGAGAUCGAGUCAUCAAGAUCUGGGACGCUCUGACUGGAGCGUGUUUGAUGGAUCUGGAGGGCCACGAGAAUUGGAUCCGCGACAUUGUUCUUCAUCCAUCUGGUGCUUAUCUCAUAUCAGUGGCCGACGACAAGUGCAUGAGGGUGUGGUCGAUGGAGGAGACCCAGAGAUGUCGAGUUAUUAAUGCGCACGAUCACUUUAUUUAUUCUGUUGGUAAGGUUAAGAUCGUUGUUGUUAAUAUACUUUUAAACAAGAAUAUUUCUUUGUAAUGGAUGAACAAUGAUAUAAUGUUUCUUCGUUCUCUAAACUUUUACUUUGUGACAUUAUAAAGAGUACAGUCAUGGAGUUUUGAUAUGUUUUGGUGUGUUUUAAGUUUAAUGUAUAACAUCCAAUUGUAAUAUCUUAUUUUUCAGACUUCCACAAACGACUCCCCUAUGUGGCAACCGGUUGCACGGAUUCAACGAUCAAGGUUUGGGAAUGUCGAUGA